AUGCUCUCUGCCACCUCCGUGGCCAUGCGCGCCGGCGCCCGCCGAGUCGUUCGCUCGUCUGCUCCCCUCGUUAACAACGCCGCACGAAACCUCUCGUCCUCGAGGAGCCUGGCGGCUUCGCCCGCUCGUGAUCGUGUCACCCGAGGAGUCUUCCAGGCCGUGGCGAGCAAGCAGCUCCGAGGUUACGCCACCACGACGAACCCCAACCCUCCUCUAGGCAAGAAGAAUGCCUCCAACGACGUCCCUUCCCGUAUCGGUCUUAUUGGCGCUCGAGGAUACACUGGUCAAGCCCUGAUCGAUCUGCUCAACAACCAUCCUUACAUGGAUCUUCGACAUGUGUCUUCGCGAGAGCUCAAUGGCCAGGAACUUCAGGGAUAUACCAAGCGCAAAAUCAUCUACGAGAACCUAUCGCCCGAGGAUGUCGCCCGGUUGGACAAGGACGUCGACUGUUGGAUCAUGGCUCUUCCCAACUCUGUGUGCAAGCCCUACGUGGAAGCCCUCGGCGAUAGCAAGAGCGUCAUUGUCGAUCUCUCGGCCGACUACCGCUUUGACGAUACCUGGGCUUAUGGCCAGCCUGAGCUCACAAAGCGGUCCAACAUUACCCAAUCUACCAGAAUCUCAAAUCCUGGCUGUUUUGCUACUGGCUCUCAGCUCGCCAUUGCCCCUCUGCUCGAGCAUAUUGAAGGCCAGCCUGUUGUUUUUGGUGUGUCGGGCUACUCUGGCGCAGGAACCAAGCCAUCUCCCAAGAACGAUGUCAACCUCCUCAAGGACAACCUCAUCCCAUACAGCCUAACGGGCCAUAUUCACGAGGGCGAGAUCAGCCGCCACCUUGGCACUCCCGUGGCUUUCAUCCCCCACGUUGUCUCUUGGUUCCAGGGCAUCCACCUCACCGUCAACAUCCCCCUCAACAAGACCAUGACUUCGCGCGACAUCCGACAGCUCUACCAGGACCGCUACGCCGGUGAGAAGCUCAUCAAGGUUGUGGGCGAGGCGCCUCUUGUGAAGGAUAUCUCCAAGAAGCACGGAGUUGAGAUUGGGGGCUUCGCCGUUGACAAGACCGGCAAGCGAGUGAUUGUUUGCGCCACAAUAGACAACCUGAACAAGGGAGCCAGCACCCAGUGCUUGCAAAACAUGAACCUUGCGCUUGGUUACGCCGAGUAUGAGGGCAUUCCCAUCAUGUAA